GCGCGCAGGACGCUCAGGGCCGGGAUGGCGGCGGUGGCGCCUGGAAGCGGGGCUUCCCGGGAGGAGGAGGGCACCGGUGGGGACGCAGCCACUCCGCAGCCCCCAGCCCCGACGAGUGCGCCCGGAGCUCGUCUCUCGAGGCUGCCUCUGGCGCGAGUGAAGGCCUUGGUGAAGGCGGACCCCGACGUGACUCUCGCGGGACAGGAAGCCAUUUUCAUUCUGGCACGCGCCGCGGAACUGUUUGUGGAAACCAUUGCAAAAGAUGCCUACUGUUGUGCUCAACAAGGGAAGAGGAAAACUCUUCAGAGGAGAGAUUUGGAUAAUGCAAUAGAAGCUGUGGAUGAAUUUGCUUUUCUGGAAGGUACUUUGGAUUGAUUGCUGAGCUGGGCAGUUUGGUGAGCCUGGACCUGCAUCCUUCAGCUAGACCCUCUGCAGGCCUCAGCUUUGAAGAAGAGUCUUUAACAUGUUGAACUUCCGCAUUUUUUCUGUUCUACGUUCACCUAAGCCUGAACAAGCCUGUUAGCUUUAAUCUACAAGGUCUUCCACUACUUGGGUCUUCCAUUUCUGGCCUGGAUGCAGCUGCUUAUGGUAGAAAUAUAGAAAAUGGUUUGUGUAGGUUGGUUAAUAAAUGAUAAGGACCAAAUAAAGGUUUCUGAUCAAC